AUGACCGACGACGAUAGCCACGCACGAGAUUGUAUUUUAGAUGGAAACGUGCGGAAUACGAUUCCGCAGGACCAGAUCAAUAGACUGAGCUACUGUUUGCAUCCCGACGGUUACAUUAACCCCUACGAAACGCCGGUCGCCUUAACCGAGUACCAGCUAAAGUAUUGCACGUUCAAGUUGGAAAACACAAAGCAAUUAGACGUAUCGCGUGCGGAACGGAACCGCGUGCUCGCCCUAAUGGAAAACCUGUCGACAGUCCAGCAGCGGUCGUACACCAACCCAUACGAUUCCCAUUACCCGGUCAUCGGUUCGACCGCGAUAAAACCAGCGUUGGACCGGAGCAAGGAGGCUGAGAUGAGAAAUUUCAAGAUGAACGGCUGGAGCGAAUAUCAGGCCCAUUACGACCGGUACGGGUACAAGGCGAUCGCGUGA